AUGGCUUCGUUUUUACCUGAAGUUGCAGAACCCAAGCAUGUGGAAAUUUUUUCUGCUCUUUCUGAUGGUAUCAUUCAUGAUACUUCUCCAGCGUUGAUCAAAGAAGUUGUUGGUGACUCUUUGACACAAGAGGAAGUUGAAGAAUAUGCCAGAACAUUCAACAGACCAUCACAAAUCCCUGAGUUUAAGGAGAGGGUGUUAGAUGCCAUUAAUAAGAACACUACAGAUGCAUCACGUUUAUUCAUUGUCUUAAUGACAGUAUUGGACUCAAGAAUUCUUGCACCAACCUUGACUAACUCAAUGACUUUAGUUAAGGAUAUGACUUUGAAAGAACGUGAGCUGUUGAUUGCAUCUUGGCGUGACUCACCAUUGCCAGCAAAGAGAAGGUUAUUUAGAAUGGUUCACGCAUUAACUUUAAACACGUUGGCAUUAGUGGCCUCCGAUUUACACAACAAGGCUAUCCACUACCCUGAUGCAGAUCCUAAAGAGAAACCUUAUGAAGGAUUCAAGGCUGAUCCAUUUAGAUAUGAUAUGUUGCCAAAGCCAGAAUUUGAUGGUGCGGAGUUGUAUUUGACAGAUAUUGAUGUUGUGAUUAUUGGAUCUGGUGCUGGUGCUGGAGUUGUUGCACAUACUUUGGCCAAUGAUGGCUAUAAAAGCUUGGUUUUAGAAAAAGGAAAAUACUUUGCUCCUUCAGAGUACACUUUUAAAGAUAAGGAUGGUCUCGCAAACCUUUACCAAGGUGGAGGAUUGCUUACGUCAACAAGUCAAGAAAUCUUUGUUUUGGCUGGAUCUAACUUUGGAGGAGGUACCACUGUCAAUUGGUCGGCUUGUUUGAAAACCCCAUUCAAGGUCAGGAAAGAAUGGUAUGACGAUUAUGGUUUGGACUUUGCUGCAACUGACUCAUACGAUAAGUGCCAAGAAUAUGUUUGGAAACAGAUGGGUGCGUCAACCGAAGGAAUCAAGCACUCUUUAGCCAAUGACGUUCUUAUUAAAGGUGGACAAAAGUUGGGUUACGCUAGUAAAGCAAUUGAGCAAAACUCAGGGGGCCACCCAUGCCACGCUUGUGGAUCUUGUUACAAGGGAUGCAAGCAUGGUAUUAAGCAAGGUUCUUCUGUGAACUGGUUCCGUGCAGCUGCUGCAAAUGGCUCUAAAUUUAUGGACCAGGUUAGAGUGCUCCAGAUUUUGCACAAGAAAGGCGUAGCAACUGGCGUUUUGUGCCAAGAUGAAGUAACUGGAAGAAAAUUCAAAAUCACUGGCCCCAAGAAGUUUGUUGUCUCGGGUGGAUCAUUGAACACCCCUGUCGUUUUGCAAAACUCUGGCUUCAAAAACAAGCAUAUUGGUAAGAAUUUGGCUUUGCAUCCGGUUACUACCGUGUUUGGUGACUUUGGUCCAGAGAUUGAUGCCGAUCAUUUUGAUAAAUCAAUCAUGACUUCUGUUUGCACACAAGUUGAUGAUUUGGAUGGCAAAGCACAUGGUGCAAAAAUUGAAACUAUUUUGAACACUCCGUUUAUUCAAGCUGCCCUUUUGCCAUGGAGAGGAAGUGAUGAAAUGAGAAGAGAUUUGUUGCGUUAUAAUCACAUGUGUGCAAUGUUGUUGAUUACUCGUGAUACUUCAACAGGUUCCGUACAUGCUGACCCAAAGAGACCAGAAGCUUUGUACGUUGACUACACUGUCAGCAAAUUCGACAGAAACGCACUUUUGCAAGCAUUCUUAAUCACAUCCGAUAUCUUGUACAUCGAGGGCGCACAAAGAAUUUUGAGUCCACAGUCAUGGGUCCCAAUUUUUGAGUCAAAGAUUCCAAAGGACAAGAGAAGUAUAACCGACAAGGACUAUGUCGAAUGGAGAGAAAAAGUUGCGAAAAUACCAUUUGAUAGUUAUGGAACGCCAUAUGGUUCAGCCCAUCAAAUGGCAAGUUGCAGAAUGUCUGGUAAGGGUCCAAAAUAUGGUGCGUGUGACACCAAAGGGAAACUUUUUGAGGCGUCAAACAUUUACAUAGCUGAUGCUAGUUGCAUGCCAACAGCUUCCGGAGCUAACCCUAUGAUUUCUACAAUGGCCAUAGCAAGACACGUUGCUCUUGGUUUGUGUAAAGACUUGAAGGUGAAGGCCAAGUUGUAA